UUUAUUUGAAAUGCUUUUCCAUCAUACGACAACAUAACGCUUUGUUAGCCCUUUGCGUUAGCCUGCUCUCUGAUGCAGCUAACUCCAGUAAGCAUCCUCCUAACGCAGGGAUAAGCUGUUGUUCUGUUUCCACUUUCAGCUCAAUAUUAUCACAUCAACCUAAUCUUUUACGCAGCUUUAUCGAUUAAAACAAAAUGGUUUACUGUAAUAGGUUUAGUUGGGAACACAUUUAAAACCAAAUCCAUGUUCAAACCGUCGUCUAACCUCACAGCAUCUCACCUGUACACUGUAUUCAACUUUAUUUAUCAAACGUCUUUUUAUUGAAGUAUCCAUUUCAACAGACAUUACACUUGUACAUUUUUUUAUAAACAAUACAAAAUUCAAGUAAAGUUAAAGUGUUACAACAUUAAAACAAGGCAGAGUAAAACAAGACAAAAAAAUAACUCAACUUUAUUUAAAAUACAUUUUUGAUUUUAUCAGGGGUUUCCAGACCAAGAUAGCAGGACCUACAACAAAACAUGAAUAGUAUAGCAUACAGUCAUUAGUUAUCAAUUCAAACUGAGUUGGCAUAACAUGCAAUAUGUCUUUCCAUUUGUUUUGUAUGUUUUUAGUUUGUUAUACAUUUUGUUUUUAUCCUUUUCUUUAAAUAUGGGCUAUUUUGUUCAAGAUUCAAGAGUUUUAUUUGUCACAUGCAUCGCUACACUCAUAACCCACUGUGAAAUGUAACCCUGAGUUGCUCUAAGACUGUAAACAUACAAGAAUCUGAAGAAAUAAAAAAAUAUAUAUAUAUUAAGAAACUAUAUUGAAUACGUACAUAAAUACAUAUGUAAAUAUCUUUAUGUGUGUAUAUACAUAUUAUGUAAUAAAGAAGUCUAAACAACAUAAUAAACAACAAACGCAAGUAGCAAAAAACAAAAUGAAAGCAAGUUAGUGACAAAUUAUGCAGUUUUAGCAGCAGUAGUACUCAAAGUGACUUGAAGUGGACCAAAACACAGCACAGCUUCACCUCUCCCUGACAUGCUGACAUACAUGUAGUCAUUCAUACAACUGUCAUCUUUGCUGCACAUAACAACCAAUACAUUCAGACUGAUUCAUUUAGUUGUCACAUGUCAUGUGACUCAAACUGCAGUGGAGCAGUGUAAAACUACCUUGUGCCCAGUAACCUCUCUUCUAGUUUUGAAACUCAAAUCUUGUUGUAGUCCAGUAAGGGUGGGCCUGUCUUUCUGCAUGGUCUUACCUCCUGAGAAUAAACGUCACAGCAGAAGAAGAGACGUCCCCCUCACCCCACCAGACCCUCAGUCAGCCAACUAUGGUGCUAUUAUACUUCAAGCAAAGGCUAUUUGUUGGUCACUUACAAAGGAGCGCACAGUCCAAGUCUUUGAAGGGAAGAGAAGAUGGCAUUGCUUGUGUUUUUUUCGCUCCUGUGCCUGUCCUGCUGGGUCUGUUUCUACUUCACCCUGUGUAAUUUUAACGGGUCCAGGAGCUAUGAGUGGAACUGUCGCCUUGUCACCCUGGUACAUGGCAUCCUGGCAGUCUGCAUAACAGCAUACAUAGGCUAUGUGGAUGGACCAUGGCCUUUCACUUAUCCAGGUACUAAGAACACCCCACUGCAGAUAAGCGCCAUGGUGGUGAGCCUGAGCUACUUCAUUUUUGACAUGGCCUGGUGUGUGUACUUUCGCACCGAGGGACCAGUUAUGCUGGCCCACCACACCAUGAGCAUCUUGGGAAUCCUCUUGACCCUGUGGUUGGGGGAGUCUGGCAUCGAGUCGUGCGCGGUGCUCUUUGGCAGCGAGAUCACCAACCCACUCCUGCAGGCACGCUGGUUCCUCAAACAGACAGGACACUACAGGUCGCUGCUGGGGGAUGUUGUGGACGUCUUGUUUGUGCUGCUGUUUGUGGUGAUGCGAAUCUUUGUGGGAGGCACAAUGCUGUACUGUGAGCUGAUCUCGCCGAGACCCAGAUUCUUUAUCAAGUGUGGGGGCGUGGCUAUGUACGCUCUAUCCUGGGUGUUCAUGGUGGACAUUGUUCGAUUUGCCAUGCGGAAAAGAAAGAGCUGGCACAAACAGAAGAUGGAACAGCUCGAGCCAGUGGCAGCUAAUGGUCAUGAAGGAAAGAAGGACUGACACCAUUGUUUUAGACAAUUAAGGAAAAGGGCAAUGAAAGAUAGUGUUUUGUAUUUUCAGCUGAGAUUUCUUUUAAUUUAUAAUGUAGUCGUCUCAGCAUUGCUGCUAAAUGUUAGACUAAAAGGUGCUCAGAGAGAGCACAUGUCAGCCAGCACUGUAAUAUGGCUCUUACCCCUGAUCUGCAUCAAAUUUAAUCUGUUCCUUCAGUUUAGUCCUCCACAUAUAUCUGUAUUGAGAAAGUGAUGAACCUUUCUUUCAAAAACACCCAGUAACACCCUUCUUCUUGCACCUUACUAUGUGAAGUAAGUGCAAAAAUUCCUGUAUCCGCCUCCUUAAUCAGAUCAUUUCUUAAAGUGAAUGUGUUCUUCCCUCAUCCUCAGCACAUACCCCACCCUCCCACCAAGUUUUUGCCUAAUCCUGCUAAUAUUCAGACAAAACAGACAACCAAACAGUGAAAACAUAACCUCCUUGGUGGAAGUAAUUACUAUGUAAUAGGAAAGGUGAAGAUUUUGUUGAAAACCAAAGCAUUUUAUAUUAACACAUCGGCCAAAAUGUUGCUGGUUGCAGUGAACUGUUGCCAUGUCGUGUCUGUAAGGUCUUUAUUUGGAAAUAAAUAUUAGUUUAUGUCCAUGUAACAUUUUUAGUUACAUCAAAGGUUUUCAGAUGGAUUUUUUUGGAAUGUUUGUUUGUUGUUUUCCUUUUGUAUUUUUGUUUAAACUGUUGUUAUACUCAGGGAGAUUAGUUAAUACUGUAGCUUUGGUGGCAGUUCCAGAGAAUUGUGUGUGAUGUGCGUAAUUUCUGUGUUAACUUUUGUUUGAUAUUAGUCCGUCCUGUGCACAUUUUUCCUCCUGUCUGAAACUUGGAAAAAGGUACCGAAAAUCCCACUUUCUGCCGCUAGAAAGUUGCUGCCAGGGCAGUUGUCUAUCGUUUUAUCCUCCACAUGAGGGUCGCCGGGCUGAUGGUGUCCAAUCCCCGCUGACACAGAGCAAAAGGCGGGGGGUGCACCCUGAACAGGUGCCAAGAUAGUUGAGUCAGAGGAGCUAUGAGCUAUCUGCACAGUUUACUGAUCUUCCGUCUGACUUCUGUUGCACUAAUAUUAUUGAAAGACAGCACCUGUAACAUUUGAAUAUAUAUAUAUUUUGCAUGCAGUCAAGCAAGUCGGACCAUCCUUUUGUUUUUGUCCACCAGAAUGUAAGAUUCAGUCUUGACACAAGGUUAUGCCACGCACAUAAAGAAUGGACCAUUAUUGCCAUUUACUGAUUGUAUGCUCACCGGUUAUUUACAGAACUAUGUUGUCCAAUUCAACAAUAAUAAGCAUACUAGUAUACUGAUGUUUUAUCUUUUUUUUUUAUCAAAAUGAACACUGCAAAAUGGAAAAUCACUGGCCAUCCCUUUGUUCUCCGAUUUAUGUUGGGUUGAAAUUGGUUGUGUUGUAAGCUGUCUGUCAUUGCAUGACCAAGAAAAAUAAUUGUCUAACUUAUGUGCCUUCUUUGUGUGUAUGUGUGUAUUUUGUGCAACCCCUUGCAAAAAGUUUAUUGAACACCCUCUAUUAGUUCUGGGUUUAAUGAUUUGCCUUUUGUAAUUUCAGUAAAAUUAAAUAAACCUUUGGAAUAUU